AUGCCAGUGCCUGUGGAUGGGACGCGCCUUGCAGGGGCAUCCAAGCCUCCUCGAAGCGCAAAGAUCUCCCAGAUUGUCGCUGUUCCACCAUUGUCCUCGGUAGAUGUAGGUGUGGCCCCCAGACCAAAGAAGCGGAAAGGCAAGGAGGCAGCAUCUCAGGAUGAAUCUCCCUGGUCCUGGACGUUGCUUACAGACUCGUCUGCGAGUCGCGUGCCUCCAGUCCUCACAAAAGACGGCCGAUAUUUUCUCUCUGUCGUGGGUUCUUCUGUAAAGAUUUUCUCUGUUGCGACUGGAGAUCUCGUCUCGACGCUGGACGCAUCUACUUCAGCUAACAUGGAUUCCGCUGGAAGCUCUACCGAUACCUGCACUAUCACUUCCGUCGUUCUCCAUCCUCAAAAUCCUUUUCAGCUGAUCACUGGGUCAACGAGUGGGCUCGUCAGAAUAUGGGAUUUUCUUGACGCUGUGCUUCUACAGACAAUGUCCCUAAAGCAUCCUAUCACGCAAAUCGCGGCGCACGAGAAGUUCAAAGACUGCAUCUUUGUGGCGGUGACUCUGCCGAGUAAAAGACACAAUAGCUCUGGUCAAGCAACUACGGAGGACAACGCCGCAGUAUAUCAUAUAUCCCUGAUCCCAAGCAACGAGACUGUUGGUUCACCGGUGCAACUUCCCUCCCGAUCCAAAAAAAUUGGGAAAACUCGGGUGACGACCGGCUUGGUCCUCUCGCCUAAUGGCUCAUGGCUGGUUGCGACAGGUGGACAUAAGGCCUAUGUCUGUUCUACAUCGAAUAUGAAGGGAGGCUUCACGAAGUUCGUUUCUCCGGAGAAAUUAACUUGUCUAGCUUUCCAUCCUUCGGGAGAGUUCUUUGCCACGGGUGAUCAUGUCGGCUGUAUCAGGCUUUGGUAUUGUCUGUCUGAUUCCUUAGCAAAAUAUGACGGGGUAGAGAGAAAAGCUCAGACUACAACGAUGCACUGGCACUCCCAUGCGGUAUCCUCGAUCACCUUCACGGCAAACGGUGCCUAUUUGUUGAGUGGCGGUGAAGAGGGCGUGCUGGUGAUAUGGCAGCUGCAUUCGGGCAAAAAGGAAUUCGUACCUAGAGUGGGAGCUCCAAUUAGUCAUAUUACUCUCAUCAACGCUAUCGAUCAAGAGGAGCAAUACUUGCUCGCUCUCGCGGACGCAUCUUUCGUUUUCGUGCGCUCUGGGACCCUCAAAAUCUCAAAGUCAAUCGCUCGAGUAAAGUUAGAUCCCGCGUUGUCAUAUAACAGACCGUCUGCAUUAAGUGCAAUUCCCCUUGCUAUCCACACACCUACGUCGACCAUUGUUCUUCCAUCAUCUCAUCCAUCAUCCCUCCAAUUCUUCUUGCCAGCCUCUUCGAAAUUGGUUGCCGAGCUUGAAGUGUCGCCUUCAAAUAGGAUAGCUCGAAGGGACGAAAAGCCAUUGGAGCCCUCCCGUGUGGAACAUGCUGUGAUCUCAUAUUCGGGCGAGUGGAUGGUGACUAUCGACUAUCGAGACGCCGAUGGUACAUUUCAUGGAGAGGUCUUCAUGAAGUUUUGGUGGUGGGACCACAAGUCCCAGUUCUGGAUAUUAAACACUCGAGUCGAUCGGCCACACGGGCUGAAGAAGGUCGUCGGCGUCGCGUUUCGUCCAAAAGCAGCGGCUCCAGAAGAUCUUCUCGUAACUGUCGGUCAGGAUGGGAAUAUAAAAACAUGGGGAAUCCGAUUAGUAAAGCGCCAAUCGGGAGAGAUUGAAAAUUUUUGGGUGACCAGGACCACUACCCGAUUCCGUGUAGAAACACCAAGCCAUGUGUCGUGGUCAGCUGAUGGGUCAUUAUUCAUCGUCGCUAUGGGGCCUCAUGCUGCUCUGUAUGAUGGCGUAACGACUGCCCUAUACCAGGUCUUGACAUGUCCCGAAUGUCAGCAAGCGAAAGCAGCUCAUUUUGUCGGCCCUAGUGGUCGAUACGUAUUGGUGCUGGGAGCCAGAGAGCUUGUAUUAUGGGACUUGUUAACAAAAUCAUUACGAUGGCAUUACCAGAGUUCCUCAGUUAUCUCCGACUCUGUCGUGCAUCCUAGAGAAGAAUCUUUUGCAGUCUUCCAGCAACUGUCCUCUCAAGCAACUGAACCGCAAUCGACCAGGGUCCUGUUAUUCAAUCCUUCCUCGCCAACUCCAUUUGCAUCUCGGACGCUACCGUUUGGUCUUCGUCGCGUCAUCGCGCAUCCUUAUCUAGAUCAAUUAUCCACAGCCUCAUCAUCAUUUACCCUUCUAGGCAUUACUCAGGCAUGGAGCGUUGCAGUCUUGGGGGAAGAUGUGCUCCUUCCGCAGGAAAUGGGCUCGGUUGCCCAGAAGAUCGUUGAGGAAGUGGGCGCACGUCGAAAGACGUUAUUCCACGACAUGUUCGGGGAUGCUGCUUUUUCUGAAUCAACUGCUCGUGUUCCAAGUACCAGUCCCCUUGUACGACCCUGGAUGGGUCAUGAGAUUGCCGAGGUCUUUGAUGCACCUUCUCACCUCAUGCCUCCAUUACGAUCCCUCUUUGACACCCUCGUGGACGGGUUCCUGACCAGACAGUCUAAUCAUGGACAAGAACAACAAGAAACAUCUACGCCCGAAGAUGUUGAGAUGGAUGAAAACGCCAAACCUUUCACUGUUGAGACCCGGAUUGAGCGUGCCGUGUAUCGAGACGAGGUGGAUACCUUUGUAGAGUUUUUCAAGCAAUGUGCGAUUCAAGCUAUAGAACCCGGUCCUCCUUAUCAAAAUCCCCAUACGAAUGGAACACUGAUACCGAAGGCGAAUGGCGCUCAGCCCUCACGAGCAAACGAUGUUGCGCGUUCAUUCGCCAAUAGUCCUAUUCUCUCAAAGGGCACUCCGCGAAAAGCUCUAGCAGCCACGCCUACGUCUCAUGAUACACCGACAAGCAAGUCACCGUCCGUUAUCAUGACCGGUAAGAAGCGCAAAAAAUCCAUAGGAUGA